AUGAUGAACUUUGACAGUGCUCUUAAAUCACAACGUAACACAAACGCAAAGCUCAACGGUGACAAUGAAGGCUACAAUCCAGAUAUGAAGACGCCUCUGGGGAUCGAAAAACACGCUUCAAUCGUCUACACCAUUACUGUUUUCUAUCAAGUUCAGGAAGAAAUAUGUGCCUCCUGUUUCAAAUGUAUGGUGUUGAGUGUUAGAGAAGACGGUGGAAUGUUACACUAUGAUAUUAUGGAUGGAAAGAACAAAAUAUUUACUGUGGUGCACAAUGUAAAUGGCCAUAAGGCCAAAUGCAGUUGCAAGAUGUUUGAGAUGGUUGGACUGUUGUGUAGACACAUAUUUGUGGUCUUUAGAGACCUUGAAAAGAUACCUCUGAAGUAUGUGGUUAAUCGAUGGACUAAGGAUGCAUCUUUAAAGGCUACAUUUGAAAUAGAUGGUGUCAUUUAUGAUCAGAAUGGACCAAAGGAUGAAAAGAAGAUGUUGCUGAACAAACUGUGGUCUAAUGUACACUGUUGUAUUGAUCUAGCAGGUUCAAACAUGGAGCAAUUGGCUGCAUUUUCGCAAGUGAUUAAUGAACAGAAACAGCUGCUAAUGUCAGGAAAGGAAAAGUUAUCCCCUCAGCACAACAAGAAGACUGUUAAAGAAUCAUUUUGUGGAUCAACAUAG